GACAUUAAAUUCAUUUAAAAUUAUGUUUGCUAAUAACUUCAAGUCAGCAAGUCCGAACCAAACUCUAGUUGUUCAUAAUCAAGAACAAGAUCAAGAAGAAGGACAUCUAUCUGAUAGCGAAGAUAUGGUCAACCUUGGCGAAUUGAUUGCAGAGCAGCGUCUCGAGAUUGUUGAACUUCGUAGAUUUCAAGAAGAGCGCCGUCUCGAGAUUGUGGGACUUCAUCAACAACACCAUGCCGAGAUUGCUCGACUUCAUCAACAACACCAUGCCGAGAUUGCUCGACUUCAUCAACGCCAUCUCGAAAUUACUGAACUUCAUCAACAACACCAUGCCGAGAUUGCUCGACUUCAUGAAGAACGCCAUUUCGAAAUUACUGGACCUCGUCUUGAAAUUAAUGAAGGAUAUCUAUCUGAUAGCGAAGAUAUGGUCAACCUUGGCGAAUUGACUGCAGAGCAACGUCUCGAGAUUGUGGGACUUCAUCAACAACGUCAUGCCGAGAUUACUCGACUUCAUGAAGAACGCCAUCUCGAAAUUACUGAACUUCGUCAACAGCACCGUGCCGAGAUUGCUCGACUUCACCUCACAAUUAUUAGACUUCAUAGAGAGCACCAUGUCGAGAUUACUGGACUCAGUACACCAGAGAUUCUAUUGGCGGCUACAGUAGCAGCGAUUCUACUAGUAUUCGCAGCUGGCUUGCUCGGAACAUUUUAAAGUUUACACAUGUAAGUAUCUUCAAAUUUAAAAUACACUCA